CACAACUUACAGUAGUGUUGCCCCAUCUUGGCAGUCUUUCCUUUGGAUCCCGUCCUUUGGAGACUGAACGAGCCUAACAUUUGACGGCGAUGGAACUUCCAGAGACUUGAGCUUGGGGGACCACGUGACUGGCCAAGGAGAGAAAAUAUCCGUCAAUGUGACAGAAUGGAUUUUUCUCUGUUUGCAUGGCGAAGCAACGAUGCCGUCCCGGAGAAGCUCGCUUGAGACAAGUGUAAUCAACGGGCUUUUCCAGUUGAUUGCGCUUCAGUCUUGCCAUGUCUUCACUAUCAGCCAUACAAGUCCAGAACAAGGUCGGUAAGGGCGGCAAGCGCGUGCCCGUCGGCAAAAGCGCCAACGUCAGGUGGCGGCCGGUCUUAUCGCACCGCCCGCCGUGUCCAGGUCGUGUGGGACCGACCUCUGACCUCCUCCCCGUGAGCUCCGAUCGAGCGCUUCCUCUUUUUGGCUUGCAGCAAAAAACGGGGAGCUAUCGCUUUGCAGCCGCGCCUGCUGCCGCGCCAAUCCGAGCAGAAGAAAAUGAGUACAAAUCGCGGCUAUUCUGUGUAACUGUAUCUUGGUUUCUUCGACUGCCCGUACGCCGUCUGCACUGCACUUCCUCCUCCCAUUUGCCCUUGGCUGUGGACACUAUCCAUACAACUUUCCUCUAUUCGUCCCUUCACCUGGUUAUUAUUCUUAAUUUAAAAACUUUCGUCCUCUCAAUAGAGCGGGUAUCGGUUCGCUUAUGAUUACCGACGCGGUCCUGGAUCGCAAAGAAUUGUUCGGUGAAUGGACCGAUCGAUCCAUUUGUAUUUGGAAAUGGCCACUUCGUCGAGCUCGACGUCGU